AAAAAAAAACACACGCCAAAAAGGUAUUUAUUGCUUAUCAGUAUAGAAAAGAAAAGUAGUUCAAUAAAUCUGCUUGAUAAAGUAACGAAAAGAAUUCGAGGGGCCAGUGAUUGAAAAAUGUCGGACAUCAAAAUUAAGGUGGGCAUUAUUGGUGGCUCUGGUUUGGAUGAUCCCGAAAUCCUAGACGAACGACGGGAAAUUUACCGCGAAACGCCAUAUGGUGCACCGUCUGAUGUUUUGGUCGAAGGUAAAAUCAAUGGUGUCGAAUGCGUUCUGUUGGCACGACAUGGCCGUAAACACUCAAUUAUGCCAUCAAAUAUAAAUUAUCGCGCAAAUAUAUGGGCACUGAAGAACGUUGGCUGCACUCACAUAAUCGUCUCAACGGCGACUGGAUCGCUGCAAGAGAACAUCAAGCCCGGUGAUAUUGUCAUCCUCGAUAAUUUCAUUGAUCGCACAACGAAACGUAACCAAACAUUUUAUGAUGGCAAAGAAUUGUCACCGUUUGGCGUGUGUCACUUGCCAAUGGAGCCAGCAUUUUGCGAGAAAACACGUGAUGUUAUCAUUCAAACAGCAUGCGAUUUGGGCAUACCGGUGCAUGACCGUGGUACGGUUGUAACAAUCGAGGGACCACGAUUCUCCAGCAAAGCCGAAAGUUUGAUGUUCAAGCAAUGGGGUGCGGAUGUUGUGAAUAUGACCAGUGUACCCGAAGUAGUGUUAGCCAAAGAAGCCGGUUUGUGCUACGGUGCCAUUGCCAUGGCUACCGACUACGAUUGCUGGAGAUCGCAUGGCAAUAAAGUCUGUGUGGCCGAUGUACUUGCUAUGUUCAAAACAAAUGUGAGCAAAGUGACACAAUUGCUGCUUCAAACCGUUGUAAAUAUCGCCAAGGAGGACUGGACUGAAACCAUUAACGAACUGAACAAAACAGUUGUAGAAAGUGUUAUGUUGCCUCACAACUGAAAAACCUUAAAAACCUCAUUGUCCUAAUACACAAACAAUACCAAGAACAAACUACUUUAAACGUAACAAAAAAAAAACCUUUUUACACACCAGACCAUGUCCUCCCAUACUCUAAAAAAAACAAUGAAAAAGCAACAACAUUUUGCCGCUAUAAGCAUUUGAUGAUCUUACAAAUGAUUAUCACAUUCCUAAUUUAUUAUAAUUUAUCCUUAUGGAACAUGCCAAAACUGAAAUUGUAUGAAUUUUAUCGCAGUAAAAUAUGAAAAAACUAAA